GGAAGCCGCGAAAGCACGUGUGGGACCAGCUGGAGCGCUUCCUAGAUGCGGUUGCGGGCGCGCAACCAGCUGUAAUAGAUCUGCCAACUGGAAGAUUAUCACCAUGAGUUUUAUCGAAUACAGCGAAACAAUAAAAGAAGGAGACACUGCUAUUGUCUUCCUGGGCCAUGAGUCGAUGUUUCCGGUGAAAGUGCAACAGGGCGGUAAAACUCAGACCAAAUAUGGUGUGAUUCGACACUCCACCGACCUGAUUGGGAAGCAGUACGGUUCCAAAGUGACCUGCAGCAAAGGGGGCUGGGUGUAUAUUCUUCAUCCAACCCCAGAACUGUGGACUGUGAAUCUCCCCCACCGAACUCAAAUUCUGUAUUCGACUGACAUCUCUUUAAUCACCAUGAUGCUGGAACUGAAGCCGGGAUGUGUGGUGUGUGAAUCAGGUACCGGAAGUGGUUCCCUCUCUCAUGCUAUAAUCCGGACCAUCUCCCCAACGGGGCAUCUCUACACUGUGGAGUUUCACCAGCAGAGAGCGGAGAAAGCCAUUGAGGAGUUUCGAGAGCACCGGGUGGACCAUUUGGUGACUGUAAAGAACCAAGAUGUCUGCAAAACUGGAUUUGGAGUCACUGGUGUUGCCGAUGCCGUUUUUCUAGAUAUUCCAUCGCCAUGGGAAGCGAUUGGGCAUGCCAAAUCGGCACUAAAACGUGAAGGAGGACGCAUCUGUUCCUUUUCUCCCUGCAUUGAACAAGUUCAAAGGACCUGCCUGGCUUUGGAAGAACAUGACUUUACUGAAAUUAAUACUUUGGAGAUUCUGCUCCGAGUAUACAACGUUAGAACAAUUAGCUUGCAAAUCCCUGACCUUGGUAAAGCAGCCGGGGAUAAUUCAAGCGCAGACUUGGACGCAGGCAGCCAAUCAAAUCAAGAUGCCUCCUGUACUAAUCUCCACCAGGGCGCUGUGCAAUUUAAAAGCGGUGUCCCGCUCCGUGAAAUGGUGGCUCACACUGGAUAUUUGACCUUUGCUACCAAAUGCCUAUUUUAGCUACAUACGUAAAGAGGCCCUCCGCAUCCCUCUCCCUUCUCCCCCACCCCUUCCAUCCAGCAUCCAAGCUUUUCAGUCGGCAGGCACUUCCAUAUAUAGUCAGAUUGAGUAAAGAUUAUGCUUUGUUUAAAUAGCACACAGGAGUGCUAACCAGAUCAGCCUUGGCAAGACACUGUCAUUUUGAAACAGUGCUUGGCUAGCUGUGAGCGAGGAAGAUGGAUUACCAGCUAAUAGCAGUAGGCUGGGAUUUAAGAAGUAAUAGCCACUGGACUAGGUGGCCGCCUUUUUUUUUAAUGUAAUGCUGUGGGUUUCCUUGGUUUUCCGAAGUCCUGUAUUGAUUCUUUCCCUCCUGUGUGUGUGCGUGUGUGUGCGCGCCAUGGGGAGAGAACGGUGCAUGUGCAUUUUAAUCAGGCAUUUAUUUAAUAUUGGCCUUUUAAGUACUGGAAGGAGGCAUUGUAAUGACCAGGCUCAAACCUAUUCGGUGAAGGAAUUGUUCUAAUUCUAAGGAGGGCUGCUUGGCUGAGCAAUGACUCAGCAGGGAGGCUCUUGAGCAUUCAAGCCAACCCUGUUUUAUUUCACUUGGUUGCACGGGACUCCCGCACAGGUUGUUUUUUUUGGGGAGGGAGGGGAGUUUGCUGGUUUCCUAUAAUAUUAUAAGUGGCAGGCCAAAAUUGCCUUUGCUCACACCGUCAAUCACAUGCCUCCGCUUGUGCAGAAAGAGCAGAAGUUUAACCAACUGUGAUUAAUCAAUAAAAUAUUUCUUUCAAAGAAA